UCUAUGGCCAGGAAACUAGCUGAAAAAAUUAUGUUGUUCUUGAAUUUUUCCUUACAUUCCACUAUUCCUCAACUUUCCUUUAACGUGUAUGUUUGACUGCAUUUCUCUAAUUUAUACCUUGUUGUUUUCCUGUCAAGACCUGCCAUCUACUUUACCUUUGGGGUUCCAUUAGUUCUUUUACUUUGUAAAGUGAAUAAAGUAAAUCAGUAUGAUGAAUAUUGUUUUUGUAGCUUCCUGGACUAAUAUAACAAUGCUAAUAUAACAAUGCUAACACAGCAAUGUGCUUUAGAGUUUCUUAUAAUGGGCAGCCCCUAUAUUUCAUGGAAACUUUAGAUUUAGCUCUGUUAUCUUCAGAGCACUUAUUGAUAGUAGUAUCAUAUUCCUGCAAUCUCUAAACAUAUCAGAUGGAAUCAAUCAAAUCCAACACCUGCAUGUAAUGCAAAUGUAGAACAUGAAUCAAUAUAGAUGUAAAUGUUAAUCCACAUCUGGCGUGUUUGGUGAAGCAUAUACAAUUUGCUGAUUUAUUGUAGCCUCUUUGGAGCAGAGGUUUUUAAUCUUGCUUGGAAUUAGUAGGGUUUGAUUGAUCAAAGAGGGAAAUUUGAAUGGAUGAUCCAUCCUUUGAGUGGGGGAAGCUUGCAAGGCUGAUAGGCUUAUCAGUGGCCUUGAUUGUGCUCAUCACCCUGAGCUUUCUGGAUGCAAGGAAGGCUUAUAAGAAAAGGGAGCAUUGGGUGCCCGGGAAGGCUCUGGUUCUGAGUGCCCUCACAAUUCAGCUCAUAACUCUAUUCAAUGGCCAAAGCACUUCGCUUCGAGAUAGUGAUUUCUCAUCGUAUGAAGGCCCCAUCACCCCAGAGCUGUUGACCGAUUCACUGAAAAAUGACCUGCUAAUGAUACGAAUCGGGAGAGUAAUGAUCUGCGUUUUUGUGGCGUAUUUGCUGCCUGGAAUGGCCCGUGCGGCAUCAAAGAAUUACAGGACCCGCCUAGUGGCACUUCUCUUAACAAUUUCAUUUCAGAGCGUUUCGGAGAUCUAUGGCAUGAAUGCGCGCAGGAACAAGGAGUACCUUACGAAUGGCAAGGCCGCUGGUUCUUCGUUUACAUUGUCUACCAUCACCGUAUUGGGCUCCAUUGCUUUGCUUCUGCUCAUCCUCAGCUGCGCCACUUUCGCUAGCAAAAGCAUUCAUGACCUCAUUUCGCAGAAAAUUCCUCUUAUCCUCAAAAACCCAGUUGUAACAGACUACGGUUCAUGGCAGAGCGUGGAGGACAAAGUAUUGCAUUCAUGGAUUGCAACCCGCAUUUGCAAUCCAGAAUACAUCAUUGCAAGAUCAGAGUUAAUAGCCGCGGCGGGAGUCAUUGUGACGGUCUGCAUUGGAGCUUCAAUUGCAGGAUGGAUCAUGGAAGGCACAACAAAGCAUUUCAGGUCCAGGUUCGACUGGUUAAAAUAUACCACCAUCGGUUUGCAGUGUCUAUUUAUUCUCAUCGGCUGGGCGGUCGUAUGCUGGAGAUGGGUGACCGCUGUUGUAUACUACGGUCGGCGGCCUUCAAGCUGGAAGAGUCGAAAAUUCCGGAUGGAAGAUUUCUGGACCCGCCACAUUGUAAAUCAGGUGGACACCGACCGAACAGAACUGGUGGAAAAAAAGGUCUCUACCUUCAAAUCCACCCGGAAAAAAAUCUGGCUCCCCCGUGAGCUACUGCCGGCCUUGAUACUGCUACAGGUGGUUGUAGUCCUAUUCAGCAAGGCAUGCUGGUUUGUCUCGGAGAUGAUCUUCUGCAACGAGUACUUUAUGCACUGGUUCAUACUGAAACAAUGGAAAGGAAUCGGAACAAACGAGGAAUACGAUAAAAUGGAGCAACUUCUAGACAGAAUUCGAAUGCCUGGAGAGAAACCGGAUGGACUAUGGGUGGCCAAUCGCGCUGCUAUUCGCCAGGCGCGGGCCCUAAUCGCCCGCGGUGCCGCCAAUGGCAAGACCUGCUCGGCCCUAGUGUCUUUCAUCAAGACCAAAACCUCGCACAGCCGCGCAGGCGUAAGGUGUCUCUCACCCGGCAAUUUGGCCCCAAUUUCAGCUAUUUUAAAUCCGGGUGAAGAAUUUCCUGAACUCAAAUACUUGUCCAGAAUCCCACUUGAAGCUCCCCUGGAGGUGGAGAAGUACUUUGUGUUUGCAGGAAAACGGUGCUGGAAAAUGACAGCGGUUUGUCUCCUCCAAAUUAUAGCUAACCUCGCAGCCCUGUCUUCAGGCACCGGCAGCCCGCGACGCUCGAAGCUCCUGACGGAGGCUGUGAAUGCCUAUUCACAGGCAUGGGAAUUGAUGGACCUGGUGGACGAAUCUGACCCAGAGGUUCAUAUCCUUUCAAAAGCCGCCGACAAAGUUUAUCGCAGCUUGCAAGCGGACAUUAAGUUCCGCUAUACAUGGAACAUUUCUCCUUCCCCCAAUUUAGACACAAGUUCAACCAACCCUCUGAACGAUGUGAUCCAGAGCCUGGCUAAACAAGGUAAGGCUAAGGCUGACGCCGCCAAACAGGGCCAUGAUUCUGUGAACUGGAAGGAUGUGGCGGCCGGAAAUUGUCUGUACAAGCUGUGCAUGAGUGUCGACUGCAGCGGCGGUGAUGUGAAGGAGAUGUUGGAAGAGGCGCAAAGUAGCUUGGCGGAUGUGAUGGAGUGCUGUCUGGAUAUGGUAGCAGAUGCCCUAGUAGACAAUUGCAGGCGCUGGGCCAGGCGUUUUCAUGAGAAAAGAGUGUGGAUUUCCCUCUAUAUUGCAGGAAAAGCAACGGCGGUCAUGGCGAAUUUGCAGCGGAAACCAUUCAAGCACAGGCUCACGCCGCGGUCCCUCAGCAUUGGAGCGCAAGAUGACACCGACGAUGAGGAUGCAUCCACAUCCCUUGUUUGACAUCAAUUUUGAAUUGAAAAACCAAACCUGCAGCUCAAUUGGUUUUAUGUAUUUUUUUUCUCCUUUCAUGAUUGCAAAGUAUGAGACCUAAUUCGAUUUUGUUCGACUCCGAGUUUUUGCACAACUUCGCAUUGAUUCAGAGCAGCUAUCUGCAGAUAUCAGUAUAUUAACAUUUUUUCAGGAUCAAGAAUAAUGCAUUGUAUCAUGAGAUUUUCUCUGUUUCUUUAGAGGGAAACUCAAGACCUUUCGAAGAUCUUAUUUGAGAAACCGAUAGAUCAAUUGACAUGAACAGUAAGAUAAUAAUAUUUUGGUUGGAACUA